AUGAAUAAUAAUGUAAUAUUACCGACAACAGUUUUAUCUGUUGAUUAUAAUUUAACUUUAAAAACUACAAGUGCUACAACAAUAGCAAUAUCAAAUUCAAUAAAAAAUUGUAGUGUAUCAUUACAAUAUAAAGUUAUUGAACAUAUUGUUUAUUUGUAUGUUAUGUCUCCAUUAUGUCUUAUGGGUCUUGUAUUAAAUGUUAUUAAUUUAAUUAUUUUUUCUGAUCGUUCAUUUAAAAAUUUAACAUUUAAAUAUUUACGUCUUAUUGCAUUUGUUGAUUGUAUAACAUGUAUACUUGUUUUUAUUUAUUGUGUAACAAAUUAUACUCGACCACGUACAUUAAAUGAUAAAUAUUUUCGUAUAUGGUAUUUAGUUAAUGUUUAUUUUCCAUUAGCAAAUAUAACUGCAGCAUGUAAUGUUUUAUUAACAAUAACUGUAACUAUUGAACGACUUGUUAGUGUACGUUGGCCAAUGAAAAAACAACGUUUAUUUAAUUCUAAUCGUAUAUUAAUAACAUUAAUUAUUUGUUUUUUAUUUCCAAUUAUUGCUAAUUCAAUUAAUUUUCUUGUUUAUAAAGUUGGUGAAUGUAAUAAUCUUACAUUAACAUCAAUAGCACGAACUAAAGCAUAUGAAUAUUUUGGUAUGUGUAAAGAAAUUCUUUUACGUUUUAUUCCCAUAUGUAUUCUUAUAUGUUCAAAUUGUCUAUUAUUAUCAACUGUACAUGCUGCUAAUAAGAAAUUUAGAUCAUAUAGAAAACCAUUACAAACAAUAGCAAAAUCACCAAUAACAACAACAGUUUGUAUUCAAACUGUAGCAAAUGGUUGUGAUACAACACCAAUUAAUAAAUAUCUAUCUGAAUCACAAUCUCAAACAGAUAUACUUUUAUCAAGAUCAUCAUUUUCAUGUGAAUCAACAGUACCAAAAACUAUGAAACAAAAACGACCAUCAUUUCCAAUAAGAUUAUUUCAUAAAUUACAUUCAAGAAAACAACAACAAGAACGACAAUUAACAAUAAUGCUUGUUUGGAUAUCAACACUUUAUUUAUGUGGACAAAUUCCAAUGUUAUUUGCUUAUCCAAAUUUUCUUUUUAAAGAUACAAAUCUAUCAUCAUAUAAAUAUUAUGCAGUUGUUGUUAAUUUACUUGAAUUAACAACAUAUUUUGCAAAUUUUUUUAUUUAUAUACGAUUUACAUCACAAUUUCAACAAGUAUUUCGUAUAAAAGUUAAACAUACAUUUUUUUGUUUUAUAAAAAAUCAAUAA